CGUGCGGCUGAGCGACAGGGCGUCUGAGGUUUUCUACUCAUAAAAGACAAUGACUACUGAUGAAGGCAGCAGUGACAAUGGAGAAAACCCGGACGCCGCCGUGGCUGAACAGGGAGAAGACAUCACUACCAGAAAAGAUAGAGGAGUGCUAAAGAUUGUCAAAAGAGUGGGAACUUGUGAGGAAGGCCCAAUGAUUGGUGACAAAGUUUAUGUCCACUACAAAGGAAAAUUGUCCAAUGGAAAGAAGUUUGAUUCCACUUAUGAUAGAAACGAGCCAUUUGUUUUUAACCUUGGCAAAGGCCAGGUUAUCAAGGCCUGGGACAUUGGGGUGGCUACCAUGAAGAAAGGAGAGAUCUGCCAUAUACUGUGUAAACCAGAAUAUGCUUAUGGCUCUGCUGGCAGCCUCCCGAAAACUCCCUCGAACGCAUCUCUCUUUUUUGAGAUUGAACUCCUUGAUUUCAAAGGCGAGGGCUUAUUUGAAGACUCAGGCAUCAUCCGUAGAAUCAAGCGGAAAGGAGAGGGCUACUCCAACCCGAAUGAAGGGGCGACGGUGGAGGUCCACCUGGAAGGCUGCUGUGGUGGAAGGAUGUUUGACUGCAGAGAUGUGGUGUUUGUUGUUGGUGAAGGAGAAGACCACGACAUUCCAGUUGGAAUUGACAAAGCCCUGGAGAAAAUGCAGAGGGAAGAGCAGUGUGUUUUGUAUCUUGGACCACGAUAUGAUUUUGGAGAGGCAGGGAAGCCUAAAUUUGGCAUUGAACCCAAUGCUGAACUGAUUUAUGAAGUUACCCUUAAGAGCUUCGAAAAGGCCAAAGAAUCCUGGGAGAUGGACACCAAAGAAAAACUGGAGCAGGCUGCCAUUGUCAAAGAGAAGGGAACUGUGUACUUGAAGGGAGGCAAGUACAUGCAGGCUGUGAUUCAGUACGGGAAGAUAGUGUCCUGGCUGGAGAUGGAGUACGGCCUGUCCGAGAAGGAGUCAAAAACCUCUGAAUCGUUCCUGCUUGCAGCCUUCCUCAACCUGGCCAUGUGCUACCUGAAGCUCAGAGAGUACAACAAAGCCGUGGAGUGCUGCGACAAGACCCUUGGACUGGACAGUGCCAAUGAGAAAGGCUUGUACAGAAGGGGUGAAGCCCAGCUGCUCAUGAAUGAGUUUGAGUCGGCCAGAGGUGACUUUGAGAAGGUACUGGAGGUCAACCCUCAGAAUAAGGCCGCAAGACUGCAGAUCUCCGUGUGCCAGAAGAAGGCCAAGGAGCACAGUGAGCGGGACCGCAAGGUGUACGCCAACAUGUUCAAUAAGUUUGCAGAGCAGGACGCCAAGGAAGCAGCCAGCAAAGCGGUGAGCAAGAAGGCUGUAGAAGGAGCGGCUUGGGAAAAGAUCCGGAGUCAGGCCAUGGAAGAAGGAAAGGCCGAAGGCCAUGUAUGACGCCACGCCAAGGAG